AUGAUCACGAAGAAGCUACUUCCAGUGUACGCGGUUUUGGAAAAUGCUGAUCUUCUAAAUUCCAGCAGCUGUCGGACCCAGAUAGAUGUAUUUCGAAAUGCGGUGAAUAACCAGAUACUUUGGGCUCUAAGAGCGUUGGAUAUCAGUGGAGUGCCAUCCAGAGGAUUUGUCAUCGGGAACAAUCAUUGGUUAGGAGACCCACAAGAUUGCAAGCAUUUCUCUGAAAAUCGCACGCUAUUACUAUCAGAGAAAGUACGAAAGAACAAUUCGAUAUACCGGAACCCGAAUGAAGAGUACUCACCUUUUGAGUUUCGUUUUUUUAUUGCACGUGCGCGGCACAAUAGCACUGUGCAAUAUCAUAUAGAAGUAGAAGACGAAGAUUUGAUCACGCUUGGACUUUGCUUACCGGCAUCCUGCAGCAUAGGCGAUGUUGCCACUAUGCUCGAUAAAGUAUUUCGUAAUGAGACACUUUUCAUUGGAAAACUUUUUAAUAUACAUCUCAAGCUCAUCGAAGUCUCCGAUUUGAUGGAUAAUCGUCAAUGGCUACUCUCUGCGAAAAUGAUCUCCAUCAUAGGAGUUUUGUUAUCGUUGUGUGCUACCGUAAUAGCGGCCACAAUAUACGACGUUUUCCUCCAUCGAAAGCGUUUAAAUAAAGAAAGGGGGAAGCUGACGUUCGAAAGUACCAACGGGAUAGAAUUGGAGAACAUAAAAGAAGAGAAACGCGAAACCGGCAAUGAGGAAUCGGCACCCCGCGAGUCGGAGCAGCUAAAUCGUAUCAGCAAACAUCUUCUGUGUUUUUCAUUUCUCACCAAUGUAAAAGAAAUAUUUAAGCCGGAAAAGGGUGGUAAUAAUCUGCGAGUAUUCUACGGCUUGAAAACAUUGACAAUGGUGUGGAUUAUUCUGGGGCACAUAGUGUUCUACGCAUUUCACGUUAUGAGUAACAAAUGGCUUGUAUAUAUACUGGCUGAAAGUUUACUCUUUCAAAUCAUAAGCAACUUCACAUUAUCGGUGGAUGCAUUUUUCUUUAUGAGUGGUUUUCUGUUAUCAUAUUCAUUUCUGAAGGAACGACGAAAAUAUCAGGGAAUUCCGCCUAUAGCAAAGAGGAUGAACGAAUUUUUUCAAAAGAUUGUCAAACGAUAUAUAAGGCUUACACCUGCAUAUUUCGUCGUUAUAUUAAUCGCGAUAUUGAAUUUUACCUGGCAUCAUCAUGUCUCAGCGCUUCUUCCCGUUGAGCAUCCAAAUGCUAAGUGUUCCAAAUAUUGGUGGACUAACAUACUUUACAUCAACAACUUCUAUAGAUGGGAUGAGCUAGCAUUACAAUAUAGCCGUGGGUAUAGGUGUUGUUGCGCUAGUUUCAUCGAUAGGAUCACUAGUUUACACGGGGUACACUCUGAAUUACCAGCCUACGUUGGACGAACAAUAUAA